UUGUGUUUAUGUUUUACUCUUCUGUCAAACAGAAUAUACCAACUUUAAUUUUUUUCUAUGUCCUGUGUCAUUUUUAGGUGACAACUUGUGCAAGCUCUUCCUGCUUAUUUAAUCUGAAGCAUAUGAUCUGAAGUAAUGGAGUUCGUGGAUCUAAUAUUAAUACCAAAACUGGACGGUGUUGUAAUGCAUGCCCCACUCAUGAAACCAGUGGACGGGACACUCUGUAUCACCGGACACCACUUGAUUCUGUCGUCCAGAAAAGAGGGUUUCGAAGAAUUAAUGCUGCUUCACCGGAACGUGGACCAGGUGGAGCGGAAGCCGAACGGUGUGCAGGGCGGCAGCGUCAUCCUCAAGUGCAAGGACUUCCGCAUCAUCCAGCUGGACAUCAGCGGGACCGACGACUUUGCGAAGGUCGCCGCCUCCUUGGAGGGCCUCUCUUCCAUCGACGACGUGACGAGGAUGUACCCGUUCUUCUACCGGCCCAUGAGCCCCAUCCUGGAGGACGGCUGGACGGCGUUCCGGCCGGAGACGGAGUACGCCCACCUGGUGGCCGCCCAGGGCGAGGAGUGGAGGAUCAGCUACGUGAACAGGGACUUCUCGGUGUGCCCCACCUACCCCAGCGCCGUCGUGGUGCCCAAGUCGGUGGAUGACGAGACGAUCGUAGCCGCGGCCAACUUCAGGGAAGGGGGCCGCUUCCCCGUCCUCAGCUACAGGCACGACGGAGGGAGCGUGCUGAUGCGCGGCAGCCAGCCCCUGACGGGGCCCAGCUCGCGGCGCUGCAAGGAGGACGAGCGGCUCAUCAACUCCGUGCUGGGGCCGGGCAAGCGCGGCUACAUCAUCGACACACGCACCCAGAACCUCGCGCAGACCGCCAAGUCGCGCGGCGGCGGCUACGAGCUGCAGAUACACUACCCGCAGUGGCGUCUCGUCAACAAGCCCAUCGACCGACACAACGUGCUGCUCGACUGCCUCACCAAACUGGUCGAGGCGUGCAACGACACGACGGCCUCGGUGGACAGGUGGUUGUCGCGCCUGGAGGCCUCCAACUGGCUGUCCCACAUCAAGGAGACCCUGAACUGCGCCUGCCUCGUGGCGCAGUGCUUGGACCAGGAGGGAGCCUCCGUGCUGGUGCACGGCUCCGAGGGGCUGGACGCCACGCUGCUCGUCACGUCCUUGGCCCAGGUCAUCCUGAACCCUGACUGCCGGACCGUGCGAGGGCUGGAGGCGCUGGUGGAGCGGGAGUGGCUGCAGGCGGGCCACCCCUUCCCCACCCGGCACGCCCGGUCGUGCUACUCCGCCAGCCGGUCGCGCGGCCAGGCGCCCACCUUCCUGCUGUUCCUGGACUGCCUGCAGCAGAUACACGGCCAGUUCCCCUGCAGCUUCGAGUUCGCCACCUCCUUCCUCGUGGCGCUGUUCCAGCACUCCUACUGCUCCCAGUUCGGCACGUUCCUGGGGACCUGCGAGGCGGACCGGGCGCGCCUGGGGCUCGCGGAGCACACCGUCAGCCUGUGGUCGCACCUCAACCGGCCGGACGUGCUGCAGUCCUUCCUCAACCCCAUGUACGAGCCCAACGGCAAGGUCAUCUGGCCCUCGGUGGCCCCCAUGAGCCUGGGCCUCUGGGACGAGGUGUUCCUGCGCUGGACGGUGAGCCAGGCCCCGCAGGCGGAGGCGUGCCGCACGGCCGCGGCGCUGCGCCAGAGGGACCAGGAGCUGCGCCUCAAGGCCGCGCGCCUGCGCCGCCAGCUGGCCGACCUCGAGCGGGAGGCCGUGGAGGCGGGCGUGCUGGCCCCGGCCUCCCGGCCCCCCGCCCCGCCCGUCGUCGCCGCGCAGGUCGCUUGAAGCAAGGCGUGCGCUUUCUGCAUCAGACACGUCUACGCCUAGCCCCGCGCCGUUCAUCCCGGGAGUACCUGUAGACGUUCAUCCCGAAAUUGAUGGAAUGUGAUUUUUUUUUUUUCGUUUAUAUAAGUAUGCACUUUAAACGAAUAAGUUAAAUGUCAAACAAAUAAUAAAAGGUCAGUUUUUACUACCCUGUGUGUGCACUUUAAAGAGAUAAAUAUUUUUAAAGUGAGUUACGUUCAUACCAAAUUCAAAAUUUUUUUCAUCAAAUAUUAUUUUUUUCAGUAUUUAUUUCCACAAUUAAUUUACACUUUCGCAUAAGUAUUGUAGUGUGCUAUGAUACUGAUUUUUUUUUUUUUUUCAUGUAUGAUAGUAUUGUUUAAUCCUGAAUUCCUGUAAGUUCGUUCUACCCACCCCCCCCCCCCCCCCUUUUUUUUUUAUAUUAAAAAAAGUCCACUGAGGUCAAUUCGAACUACAUACUGGAAUCCUGGAAUUGAGUGCAGUUUCAUUUUUGUGAUUCACGUGGAAUGUCCACACACUGAUGCAUGAAGUGAUGUCUGUGCAGAAAGCUAUAGUACAUUCCAGGAGUCGAGAACUAUGUGUCUUGCAUUAUAUUGCCUGGUUUAUCACAUAUUUUAUUGCUGUGAUCACACAUAUAUAUAUAUAUACUUUUUUUCAUCUUGGGUGUUUAAAUACAAAAUAAAAAUAUGCUAAUGGAAUCUAAUUAAAAUUGUUAAUCUCUUUGAUUCUUUCCUGUGCUUAAAUUAUAGUCAACAUAGCAUUGAUAUGAUAAUUCUGCCACUCUUUAAUUUGUUAUAAUUUGUAGUGUUAAGCAGUGUGAAUUUUCAGACAUUAAAUGAUAGUUUUUGUAUGGGAAAAUCCAGUAUUGAAUUUUAUUUUGUUGAAUGAACUUUUUUUAUUUAUUUUAUAUUAUUGUUGACAACAUUUUGUAAUUUGCUUUGAGUAGGAGACGGCUUUCCAGCUUGGCUUUGCUAAUGAAACAUUUGUAUCUUUUAGUGCUAUCCAUUGGUUGAAAACUUUGAAGUGGAUUAAGCACAUAAACAUGGUUUUCAUUUUUACCAAGAUCCCUUCCCACAUUAUAUACAUUCGUUAAACAGAAUCUAUAAACUUGCAUUGUAAUAUGCCACUGAGUGCAGUGGUCAAAUAACCUAGUGUCUUAGGUCAUUCUUGUAAAUGUGUAAAUAAUACCCCAUGUGCAUGUUACAUGAUCUCUGCAUAGACAACAAUGAGGGUUCAUCACUCUGACAAUGAAACAUCAACUAUCGCUAUUGGUGUGCCUCACUCUCUUCAUGUUAAUUCUGUUUGGAAGCCCACUGCUAGAGCCAAGAUUUUGUGGUGUCAUAGAAAAACAAAUUUCAUCAUUGAAAAUAGAGGAUUUUGUCUUGAUUGUCAUUAAAAAUUAAAACACAUGUAAUAAUAAGUUUGUGUCAAGUCUUUGAAUAUAUAUACUGUAUAGAAGUCGCGAGUGGAUAGGAUUUACUCUACGUUUUUCAGAAGCGUACGAGGAGCAGCUUGGGAACUUCACCGCUGCAGUGCGCUGCCGUAACGCCCUGUAUCGUCUUAGUUGUUAUUUACACGUUAGAGCGCAGAACUGUCGCCCGCUGUCAUUCCCCGCACCCCCCACCUAUCAUUCACUGCAGCUCAAGGUUGUUCAACAAGAGGGGGAAGGGGUGUUUGAAGAGUUCGAAACUUGUCUGCUAGGGACCACCACAAGUCGAUGCCCUAGAGAUGGUGGCGAUUGCGGCGGUGAAUUAACCAACUACCUCAAAACCGUAUUAGAAAUUUUAACCUGGGCUGGCGACUUCUAUACAGUAUAUAUAUUCAAAGGUCAAGUUCAGCUGCUUCAACAAUUCGUGGUAACACACUUCAAAUGUGUACAUUAAACAGUACUACGUAUUAGUGUAUUACAUAUUUUGAUGAGAGUAAGUUAAACAAAAAUCUGUAACUAAAACAUUCAAUAAUAAAAAAAAAAUUUGAUGUUAAAAGCCAAAAAUUGUUAUACAUUUACAUUUUUUUGUGAUGUUUCUCUAUAGGCCUUUACCUAUAACUGACUUAUAUCAACUAUAUUUACUUUACUUAAAAAUAUAUAUAUAUACAGAAUUUAAAAAGUGUUUUUACUUCAUAAAUAACACUUUAAGUUUUUAAAUAAUAACCUAACUCAAGAUUUAUGGAAUGAUUUGUAUAUUUUAAUAUAACUAUAAUUGAGGCGCAUUUCUGUGUUAUGCGAUAUUGACUUUUAUUUUGGGGUUUGUCUGAGCAUUGACUUAAAGUUCGCUGUUAUUUUUAUUUUAUUACUAUUCACCAUAUAAUUUUGCCUCUACCCAUUGCUUCACCCAUGUAGUGGUUUAUUUUGUCCCACAAACUUGAUAGUAUCAAUUAAGUUAAGGGAGGGGGGGUUAAUUAGUAGUAGUAGUAGAAAUUAUUUUGAAAAAAGUGUUUUAAAACGGUUAUGUUCGAACAUGUUAAGAAAACUUUGAAUAUGCUAGAACCGUUUUGUCAGUUAUUUGCAUGAUUAUUUGAUUUUUUUUUUUUACUCCUCUAUUUGUGUAUUUAUUUGUGGUAUUAUAUAUAAUUUUUUUGUUAUUUAAUAUUGUGAAAUCUUCUUUUGUGAGACGGAUUGCCUACCAUCAAUGGCUUGAAAGUUGUGAUGAACCUUCAUUUUUGUUUUACACUUUACACAUAUAUUUUGAUAUGCUUCUUCAUAAAUGAUUAAGUUUGUGUGUCCAAUGUUAGUUUUAAAAUGUUUUGAACUCUAUUUGUUAUUAAAAAUAUAUUUGUCUAACCUAUUUUGUUCUUGUAAUUUUAUAAUUUGUAUAGUGAACUGAAAAAUAUUUUGUUGCUAAUGAUUAUAUUUAUACAAUAAAAUGAAAUGAUGUAAUAUAUUUGGUGAUCUGAACUGUGAUUUUUUAUUUUUUUUAUGAACUUAUUUAUGUUUGAAUAUACUUCAUUUUUAUUCUUGGGUUUUGUUUUGAAUUACUUUGUAUUGUAUAUAAUUUUGUAAAAAUAAAUUGUUGUCC